AUGACCAGUGCAUGCUUGGUUCUCCUCCCCAAGGUGGAAUUUCCAAACUAUUUAUCUGAAUUCAGACCUAGCAGCCUCAGUAAUUUUAUAAACAAGAUCAUCUCCAAAGUUAUAGGUGCUAGGCUUGGGCCUAUACUUUCAAGAAUUAUUUCUGCUAACCAAUCAGGUUUUGUAAAAGGAAUGAAUAUUUCUGAGAAUAUCAUGCUUGCUCAGGAAAUUAUCCAUGGCAUCAAGAAACCAAAUGAGGGAUCCAAUGUAGUCAUAAAGUUAGAUAUGGGUAAAGCAUAUGAUAUGGUCUCCUGGAGUUUCACUUGCAUAAUGUUGAGGAGAAUGGGUUUUUGUAAGAUGGUCAUUGAUAUGAUAUGGAGAACCAUGUCCAACAAUUGGUAUUCAGUCAUUGUAAAUGGAACUAGGCAUGGUUUCUUCCAUUCUACAAGGGGACUAAAGCAAGAAGAUUCCCUUGCCCAUUCCUUGUUCAUCAUUGGGGCCGAGCUUCUGUCUAGAAUGCUUAACACCCUCAAUCAUAAUCAGUUUUUCAAUGGUUUUUAUAUGGAAAGAAGGGACCCUCAAGUCAAUCACCUCAGCUUUGCAGCUGAUAUCAUCAUAUUCUCCUAUGGGAAAAGGUCAUCUUUUCAGAAAAUCAUGUGGAUAUUGAGCAAGUAUGAGGAUACUUCUGGCCAACAGAUCAAUAGGCAAAAAAGUCAUUUCAUGACCUCCCUCUGUGCAUUUCAGUCAACAAUUAGAAGAAUCCAAGCAGUCAUAGGUUUCUCUAGAAAGCUAUCCCCUCUUACUUACCUGCGAUGUCCACUGUACACUGGCAGGUUGAAUAUCAUCCACUUCAACAAUCUAAUCUCCAAAAUUGCGGGAAGAAUCAGGGGCUGGCAUGGCAAAAUGCUAUCACAUAGAAGAAGAGCUACUCUGAUAAAGCAUGUUCUCCAAUCUAUGCCAAUCUAUCUACUGUCCGCAGUCUCUCCUCCUAAGACAGUCAUGAAACAAAUUGAGAAGCUAGCAGCAAACUUCUUCUGGGGCAUGGAAGAUAACAAAAGGAAAUACCACUGGGCUUCAUGGAACAAAUUAUGCUUCCCUAUGAAUGAAGGGGUUUUUGGUGGGAGAAAUGAAAGAGGCAGACCUGGGAAUAUUUCAGUCUCCUAUUUUUGGAACAAUGGCCGGUGGAAUCUUCAAAGACUCAAUGAGAGUGCCCCACCUCACAUGAUCCAUUUGAUAACUCAGAUCCCAAUCUUUUUCAAUAGCAACUUGCAAGAUGAAAUCAUCUGGGCCCCUACUACUGAUGGUAGGUUCACCUGUGCUUCUGCAUGGGAAUUAAUCAGAAAAGAGAAGCAACCCAACCUAUUCAAUAAGAUGACAUGGCAUAAAAAAAUUCCAUUCAAAUGGCCCUUUUGCUUGUGGAGAACUCUCAAAAAUAAACUCCCAACUAAUGACAGGGUGCUAGUUUUUAGCAAUCCUACUAUUUCUAGGUGUGUUUGUUGCUCUGUUCACUCCAGUGAAACAGUUGACCACCUUUUUAGCGUGGGUAACUUUGCCAGAAUUGUGUGGAGGGAAUUUGGAGGGCCAGUUGGAAUUCAAGCUGAGGACAUGCCUCUCAAAAUACUUUUGAUGAAGUGGUGGCUUCUUAGCAGUCACAAUGAAGUACAAAGACUCAUCUUAAAUACCUUGCCUAUCAUAAUAUGUUGGAAUCUAUGGAAGAAUAUGUGCAAUGCCGAAUAUGGAGCCAAACCAUCCUCCUUGACCAGAGUUUUAUUUUUCAUUAACUGUGACAUCAACCUCUUGCUUCGAGCCAACUAUCUAGAAAUCAAAUGGCCCAUCAGAUGGCAUGAUUUAUACUCUUUCAUUGAGAACCUCCAUCACCAAACCAUAUCCACCCAGGUAGUUUUGAAGAAACCAAGCCAUGGCCUUUUAAAGAUCAACGGUGAUGGGAGUGCACUCAUAAACCUAAGAAAGAUUAGCGCAGGGGUGAUUAUUAGGGAUCAUAAUUAUAUCUUCAUACACGCCAUUGCUUCACCAUUAGGGGAAAGUACCAAUAACCUUGCAGAAAUUGAAGCAGCUUUCUUAGGUAUCCUAUGGUGUUUGAGUAAUGGAUACUCUCAGAUUCACCUGGAAUCAGAUUCUACUUUAGUUCAAUGGUUAAACAAUGGCAAAGGGUUUCCAUGGACCAUGAAGAUGAAACUUCAACAGCUCUCAAACCACUAUCAUCAAUUUUCCAUCCUCUUCCUCAAGCUCAACAAGUUGAUAUAUCUUCAGAGUGUGGUAGCAGCAACCAUGAUGUUCAUUCCUAUGGAAAUAUAUCAACUGGCUGAAGCACACCACCAAUGCCAUAAAGCAACAGAUCCAACUUCAGUCCUUCAUAAGACUCCUUAUAUCUACACUUGUACCUUCCCACCUAUUUUUCACCUUCUCAACCACAGAAACAUCCGUCAAACUGUAUACAGCCAAAACAAGAACCUGUACAUGGAACUAGCUUGGUCAAUUGCUGCACUUUCAGUUAGUGGUAUCAGCAUCUCAGUUGCUCGUUUUGCUGAAAGUGCAUCAAUUCUACCAAUCAGCAGCUCUCAACAACAAGAGUCUACCCAUGACAACCUCUUACCUAGCAUUCAGCAGCUAGUUGCCAGCAUAAGCCUUGGUGGACAUUUGAAGAAAGAUAGUGUUCACUCCCUUCUGUCAACAAUAACAAGCAGCAGCUCUCCAGUCCAGUUUAUUGGAUCCUUUUGA